CUGACGUUUUCUUUACAUAACCAUACUUAUCUAACCUCAAAUUUAAGAUUCGUAUCCUACCUUCUCAUUAAAAAUUCUUAUUUAAUUUAAGAAAUGUGUACGGAAGUUGAUGUCUUCAUUACCAAUUAUACUCUUGUUGAUCCCGAAAUACUUGAGUUAUGGAUACAAGGGUUUUCAGCCUCUGAAGCAGUAUCUACAUUAAACCAAAGAGGUCUUGGUCAAAAGACAGGAGCAUCCCUGGAAUUAAUUGCCAGCGACGUUUUAGAUCAUUAUCGUACUUAUUCCCUCUUGGAGAAGCUUCUUACAAACCCUAAUAAAUUGCAAGAACAAUUGGCUUUUCAAAUUGACCCUGACACCAGGCAGUUUCUAAUUGAGAGCUAUUAUGCCAUUGACGAUAACGUCGUUCGCGAGCUUUUGGGGAAAAAGUUGUCUUCAAAACAUCGAAAAGAUUUGGAUGAAGUUGCAGAGAAAACUGGCGUUCCAUUGAAAUCUUGUCGAAGACAGUUUGAUAAUAUUAAAAGGAUUUUUAAAUCGGUUGAAGAAAUGCCCGGACCGAUUGUGCAGAAUAUUCAAAAGCUGUUCUAUUUACAUGAAGAUUUGGCUCGAAAAUACGCGUGCAUUGUCUUUCUGGCUUGCAUUAGGUUCGAGACAUCAAAACGCCGGUUACAGUACCUGGAUUUUAUUACGUUAAAACAGUGUACGGAGGUAAUAAUGGACCUAUGGACUUACAACGUAACAGGCCCAGAAUAUUUGGAUACGGAAAUGGAUAAGGAGUUUCUCUUGGAUUUACGAGAGUUACGAGUUUUACUAGAGAAAGAAAAAGAACAUAAGCACUUGGUGUGUUGUUUCCUGAAGCCUCAACUUCUUCAGAAGUUUUACGUGGAAUUGGACACGAAUUUUCGAAUUUAUUUCCGUGCAAUUUUAACUCUGGCAACAGCAUUGCACCGGGCGAGGGAAUUACGGAACUUAUUUCUGGAAUUGUCCCAGAUAUUAGAACUGUGGAAGCAAGCGGGAUGGAAUUUGCAAGACCUGGAAAAAUUUCUAAAGGCUUUCACUCAAUGUGCUCUGGAAAUGGACGUGCUAAGGGAAAUGGGACUUAAGGACACGUGGGAGAGAUACAUGGACGUCGUUACGAAGUGCAUUUUGAUUAUGUAUGCGCAUUAAUUCUUAUCUUUAACUCAGUUAGUGUCUAAUCCUUUUGUUAUAUUAUGUAAUUAAACAUGUACAAUAAAUUAUUGGUCUUAAGUA